AUGACUAUAGGCGAAGAUCGAGAACUCACCCCCUGCGAGACCUUUUCUCAUGAAGAAAAGCACUACCGGAGGCGUAAAUGUAAAAGCCCAUCUCCUAGGGGCUUGGGAAACGAUGCCAUGAGCAGGGCACUAGAUCAACUCUCCAAAUCACCUUUCACACGCCACAUAGAAGGGGCUACACUUUCUCGACGAUUCCAGCAGCCAACCUUCACCAUUUAUAACGGCAAAAUAGACCCCAUGGAGCAUGUGAGCCAGUUUAACCAAAAGAUGGCUGUUCAUUCUAAAAACGUGGCAUUGAUGUGCAAGGUUUUCCCAUCUAGCUUAGGACUAGUGACAAUGAGGUGGUUUAACGGCUUAAAGACAAAUUCCAUAGAUUCGUAUAGGCAGCUAACCCAAGCUUUUGGCUCCCGUUUCGUUACAAACAGCAUAGCUCCUCGGCCCUUCAGUGCUUUAUUGUCGUUAUCCAUGCAUGAUGGAGAAACUCUAAAGGCCUACUCGGACAGAUAUUGGGAGAUGUAUAAUGAAAUGGACAAUAAUUUUGACGAUGUCAUCAUCAGUACCUUCAAAAAUAGUCUUCCAGCCGAGCACGGCUUGAGGAAGUCUCUAACUGGCAAGCUUGCCACCAGUGUGCCCCAACUGAUGGAUCGGAUCGAUAUGUAUAAACGAGUAGAGGAAUACCAACUGCAAGGUAAGGGAAAAGAGAAGGUUAUCCCUCAGGAGAGGAGGGAUUUCAAGUCAGACCGAUAUAACAGCAACCGCCAAAGGAGAGAUUUCGUAGGGCAAUCCAGAGUAACCAACGUACAGACUGUCAAUACUGUAUUCCGAGAACCAGUACAUCGGGUGUUGGAGAAAAUCAAGAACGAGCCAUACUUUAAGUGGUCGAAUAAGAUGGAGGGAGAGUCCACGAGGCGCAAUCAGAACUUUUAUUGCCAAUACCACAAGGACCACGGACAUACCACGGAGAACUGCAGGAACCUCUAG